AGACGGUAUAUAGACAUUGUUAUUUAUAGACAGUGUAAUUUCUAAUUUUAGAUAUAAAAGUUUGCUGCGUAAAUAUUAUUGGAACUAAAAAUGAUACAGAUUCAUUUAGUUUGCUAGUUCUGAUGCAGCAUUGUGUUUAUAAAGCAACUUUUAUUUAGAGUUUACAAAGGACACUUAAAAGUAUACCGAGACAUAUAUUUGAAAUGGCGGAUUAUAAUCGAGUAAGUUUGAAGGAAAGGUAUGAAGCUGCUAUGGUUUUAAGUGGUGUUGGUGACGCUCUAGGUUACAAAAAUGGAUCCUGGGAGUUUUGUCACUCUGGAAAACAGAUACACGAAGAAGCGAAACAGUUGGGUGGUGUAGACAAUAUCAAAAUAAACCCAAAAAGCUGGAUGGUCAGUGAUGACACUGUAAUGCACUUAGCGACAGCCGAGGGCCUUGUAGAAUUUAUUAACGUCGUGGAAUCGAAAGGUUUAAAGCCAGAACCACAGGAACGAAUGUAUUUGAAGAUUGCCGAAAAAUACAAAACUUGCAUGAAUGACAUGACCGACAGAGCCCCAGGUACCACGAGUAUGUAUUCGUGUCCAAUGUUAAAUCCAUCAAGAAGUGGCGGGUACAUUAUUCCAUUUCUUGAAUGGGGUAGGGGUUGCGGGGCGGCGAUGAGGGCAAUGUGUAUAGGAUUGUUUUAUCCAAAACCUGAAGAUAUAGGCAAUCUUAUUGCAGUAAGUGUUGAAUCCGGGCGUAUGACACAUCACCAUCCAACCGGGUACCUAGGAGCCCUAGCUGCCGCUUUAUUUACAUCAUAUGCCAUUCAAGGAAAACCAGUUAAGAGUUGGGGUGCGGGAUUAAUGGAAACAUUGCCGAAAGCUCUACAGUAUGUGAAAGAUAGCAAUAUAGACGUGAAGGAUAACGUUAAUGCAUGGGACUACUUUACUAAUCGGUGGACCGAAUAUCUAGAACUCAGAGGCAUUUUUGACGGCCUACAGGAUCCGAAAUUUCCAGAAGUAUUUGGCGUGAAAGAACGUGAUGCUUUUUAUGAAUCGCUCAGUGAUAAGGGAUGGGGAGGUUCAAGUGGUCAUGACGCUCCUAUGAUCGCAUACGACGCUCUCCUGAGUUAUGAUGGCACGUGGCCUGACCUGUGCAGUAGAUCAAUGUUCCAUAGUGGUGAUAGUGACAGCACUGGUGUCAUUGCCGCUUGUUGCUAUGGCGCUAUGUUUGGAUUUUAUGGAGUUAACAAAAAUAAUUACACGAACCUAGAAUAUGGGGAACGUCUCCGCGGGCUUGGUGAAAAGUUGUAUGCAAUUAGUAAUCCAAGUGAUACAGGAGUUGUUGAAAACGUACAAUUGGAGGACCAGGAUUGAUUCCUGACCUAGACUUCCUGCAGAUGAUAAUGAACAGGACAUGGCUUGUUGAAACGAAUUCAGGAAAAUGAUGAAGAUCCUGAUAUUUUUUUAGAAGGAAAACUACACAAGUUAACUAAAUGAAGUAGAAUAGUUUCUUGCUCAAAUUGCUUAUACAUGCAUAAUUCAAAUGUACAAUAUCUUUGAAAAUGUUUGUAUCACAGUUGCCAAUUUCAUUCUUAGAGUGUUGGCCGGAUAAAAUGGGAAGGUAGUGAUUGGACAGACAUUACCUCUCUAUGCCGAAGUUGGAUUUACCCUAAUGGUCGCCAUUGAAAUAUAUUUGAAGCUUUUUUACUACUUUGGAUAUGCAUUUUCAAGUUCAGUAACAUUAUUAUCUGUUUCUUAUUAAUCUUCAGUUCAACUGUGGUAAUUCUUAUGAAAUGUUAGUAAAAGCCGUCUAUGACUUUCUUAUGAACAAGUUAUAUACAACAUGUACUUAAAUUACACUUUUCACAUAAACUUCUUGUUGACAAAUAUGCAUAUACACGGUCUGUAUAACAUUAAAUUUAAAAAUGAAA